CUGGUUUUACACUGUUACGACAUUGCUGAACAUCUCUGGUAUGUUCGUCUUUGUCCCAGUUGUUCCUUAGGCUAUAUUUCUAACAGUGAAAUGACCAUAUCCAAGGGUGUGAACAUUGUUCAGGCUUUCAGUAAAGAUUGCCAAAUGACUACAAAGACUGUGCCAAUUUCUGUUCUCACCUGCCCUUUUGAUUAUUGUCCUUAUCUCUCUGCUUGCCCCUGAGCCCUGGGACAUCUCCCUGUAACUCACUAACAGCCACAUCCCAUUUACUUCUGCCUGAGUAGGAUUUCAGUUUCCCAAACCUGAGGUGAUCUGUCAGCUGGAGCAGUGGGACGAGCCCUGGAUCCUGGAUCUUCUGAGAGCUGGGAAUAGGAAGGCUUCCAGUAGUGCCUACCCAGGUGGGUGAGGAAGAGACCCAGGCAGGUGGAGUCAGGAAGAGGAAGGGAAGUCAUGUUCAUGAUGUCCUCCUGUGGGCCAGAUACUGAGCCAGAGGUUGGGCAUGUGUGAUCCCACUUCUUCAUCCCUGCUGCCCUGUGAGGGUGGGAGGCAGAUCAGCAUCCCCAUUUCUCAGAUGAAGCAACUAAAAGAUGAAGACAUCUCUCAUACGGUCAGGAGUGGACAGUGGGAUUGGACUUCAGGUCUGCAAAGCUCGUCCUCUCUCUCCUGCAGGGUAAAGUGCUUCUGAGGCAGCUGCUCUGGUGUUUUCCAAGUGACAGCUCUCAGGCCACCCAGAUGCUCCUUUGUUCUACCAUCUUUUCUUGUCCUUUCUCUCUGCUGUCUCUUCUUGCCUUGCCUCAUUUUGCUUUUCAUUUUCCCUCAAUAUUUCUUGACAUAUCUACAUUUUCCUACUUACUAUGUCCUGAUGCUGCUUCUACAGUUUUUCACAUCCCUCUCCUCCAAGUUUUCUCAAUCUUGACACGAGUGACAUUGUGGGCUGAUUAAUUCCUGGGGGUGGGAGGUCUGUCCUUUGCAUUGUGAGAUGUUUAGCAGCAUCCCUGGUCUUCACCCACUCAAUGCCAGUAGAAACACCCCCCCCAAUUAUGACAACCAUACAUGUCUCCAGAUACUGUCAAAACCCCAGGGGGCAAAAUCAUGCCUGGUUGAGACCCAUUGCUCUAGUCAGUUGGCUUUGGCCCUACAUCCUUCUGGUUCUUUUUCUGUUCUAUCGUAUACCUUCUCCAUUUUUAAGGCCUUGUUUCACCCAGAAUUAUUAAAAACAUGUAUCUUGGAGCAUGAGAUGCUACCUCUCCAACAUUUAUGUGACCCUCCUGAGUACCUGGAAUAAGUUUUUCCAAUAAUGGUGAUGGGUUUGUUCUCUCUUUCUGUGCCACAUACUCUUGUUCAUUUUCAGUGGGUUUGUUGAUGCCAAGAGCUCUUUUUAUCAUGACAGUGGAGAGUCCUCCGAAAUUGAGAAUUGGGGCCUCUUGAAUCUGAUGAUGUAAACAAGUUCUGAAGCCAGGUACGAGAUGAUAAUACUAACUCCAAAGCAGAAAGUUUCUGAAGAUUUAGAGUCAUAUAAGAUGUCAGUGAUGCAGGAAACAGCCAAGAAACUUUCAGAAAAGUUGCACAAAUGUAAAGAAGUUGUGGAGAGUUGCACGCUUGCCCUUCCUACUGGUGGUGUUGACUACAACAAGGGCUUCCUUCAAAACCUUAACCUUCUUCAAGAUCAGAAUGCUCAAACAGGGUGGAAGCAGGGCAGAUAUUAUGAGGAUGGGAAACCCUUUGAUCAAAGAUCUUUGCUUCUGAGGCAUGAGCAAAUUUUUACAAGAGCAAAAUCUUAUGAAUGCAGUGAAUGUGGAAAAGUCAUUAGGCGUAAGGCAUGGUUUGAUCAACAUCAAAGAAUUCAUUUUUUAGAGAAUCCCUUUGAGUGUAAUGUAUGUGGGCAAGCCUUCAAACAGCGAUCAGCUCUUAUUGUCCAUAAACAGUGUCACCUGCAAAGCAAGCCAUAUAAAUGUCCUGACUGUGGAAAGUGUUUCCGUCAGCUUGCGUAUCUUGUUGAACAUAGGCGGAUUCAUACCAAAGAAAAACCCUAUAAAUGCAGCAAAUGUGAAAAAACAUUUAGUCAGAAUUCAACCCUUAUUCGACAUCAGUUAAUCCACAGUGGAGAAAAACCCCAUGAAUGCCUUGAGUGUGGAAAAGCCUUUGGUCGGCAUUCAACACUCAUAUGCCAUCAACAAAUUCACAGUAAACCGAACACCCAUAAAUGCAGUGAAUGUGGACAGUCCUUUGGCCGGAAUGUGGAUCUCAUUCAGCAUCAAAGAACCCACACAAAGGAGGAAUUCUUUCAAUGUGGAGAAUGUGGAAAAACUUUCAGUUUUAAGAGGAAUCUUUUUCGACAUCAGGUUAUUCAUACUGGAAGCAGACCCUUUAGAUGUGACAUAUGCGGAAAAUCUUUCAAGUGGCACACAAGCUUUAUUAAGCAUCACGGCACUCACAAAGGACAGAUGUCUACAUGAUAUUUACUGGAACUGAUACCAUUUAAAGACUAGAACUUACCGUGUAGUGCAAGUAUGUAUAUAACUUGAUUGCUUCAUGAAAUGCAAUAAACGGAACUGACAUGGUUUU